UACCUUUCGUGGUAUAUAUAAAUAUACAUAUAUAUGUAUCUACGCAGCACCGUGAUCACAUGUUAUAACAUAUAUAUAUACUCCUAAGAGUAUACGCUGAUUAUAUAUACAAUAUACUUUUUAUAUGUUCCGUACUUUAUGCAGAACAUUUUGCGUGCUCGAACCACAGAAGUUAAAUCUAGAUAGAAAUAUGUUAAGAUUUCGUGAAUUAUUUCCAAAAAAAUCAUGUUCCAUUAUAGGAAUGAUACAUGUUGGUGCAUUACCUGGUACUCCUAAAUAUAAUGGAAAUAUGAAAGAAAUAAUAAAAAAUUCAUUGAGGGAAGCAAUGAUUUAUAAAGAUUGUCAAGUGGAUGGUAUUAUUGUAGAAAACAUGCAUGAUGUUCCAUAUGUUAAAUCUAAAGACAUAUCAUCUGAAAUUACAGCCAUGAUGACAAGAAUUUGUAUUGAAAUAAGGAAAUUAAUGCCUGAAAGCAUAGCUUGUGGCACACAGAUUUUAGCAGGUUGUAAUAAAGAAGCAUUAGCUGUUGCAAAGGCUGCUGAUUUUAAUUUUAUCAGAAGCGAAGGUUACAUUUUUUCACAUGUUGCUGAUGAAGGUUUUAUGGAUGGUUGUUCAGGAAAUCUUCUUCGUUAUAGGAAAUAUAUUGACGCAAAUAAUAUUCUUAUUUUUGCAGAUAUCAAAAAGAAACAUAGUUCACAUGCAAUAACAUCAGAUAUCAACAUAUCAGAAACAGUCAAAGCUGCAGAAUUCUUUUUAGUCGAUGGAGUUAUAUUAACAGGUUGUGCAACUGGGGAUCCUGCAGAUGUACAAGAAUUGAAUGAAGUUAAAAAAGUGGCAAAAGGACCUGUUCUUGUUGGAUCUGGAGUUUCUAUUGAUAACAUAGAUCGUUAUAUGUCUUCAGACGCGGUAAUAAUUGGAUCAAGUUUUAAGAUAAAUGGAAACUGGGAAAAUGCAGUUGCUAAAGAAAAAGUUGAUGACUUCAUGAGAAAAUUAGAAAAGAUACAAAGGCAAAAGUAUUAACACAAAUUGUUAAUUAAUGUCUUUAAUUUAUAUUAAUUAAUUCGUACUAUACAAUUUUAUACAAAUAAUAUUAAUUUAAAAACAUAAAAUCAUAAAAGAUUUUCGUAUGUUUCCUAAAUCCUAUUAACAAAGUAAAAUCGAUAAAUACAUUACACGCUUUACCAAUUUCAAUCGAACAAUAGGAUAAGAUUAAAAAUCAUUUGUACAUAUAUUUAUCAAUCAUUUUUAUUU